AUGGAUAUAGGCCUACUGGGCUCCGCAACCGUGAUAUGCCCUCGCCUAGUCAGCGACACCGAGUACGUAUGGCAUCCACAACCAUCCUCGGAUCUUCAUGAGCAUAUCAACACGUAUGUGAGUGAUAAUGGGAAGCUUAGUUCCGUUGAUAUUUCGGACGUCGUGCGUACUGAAUCCGAUAAUCCGUUUAUCUGGUUCGAGUCCAAUCAGUCAAGAACGGAACUGCAUCUGGAGUUUUCAACGGAUGACAUAUACGCCAUCACUGAGAACCGUUUGGUAUUCAUAUGCGGACCCACAGAUUUGUUUGUGUCUGAUAUAUUGCAGCGCCACCUGGACCGACUCAAGGGUGGCACUCAAAUGCAAUCGUUUCCUUGGACUUCGCCCACAGCAUUGACCCGCGAAAUUGCGAAAAUGGGGACUGGCUUGGGUGUAUUUUUCUUGUACAGAGGGCGACUGCAUCUACCUCUUCAAGGCUGUGGGAGCCGUCCUUCGCCGCUGUUCGCUACGGACGAGGUGACUGUAGACCCCGUCACAGGCACUCGUUCGUGUGUGGCAGAUCCCAUGUCGGAAUCACCCAUCGGAUUUGUUUGCGAAGGCCGCCUCGAACCUGAGGAUUGUAUGAGGUCCCUCAUUGACGAGAGUGGAGAAGUUGUGGCCGCCCCCGAAUCGCACCCAUAUUGGAGUUUUGUUGACCAUCGGCCUUGGGUGAUAGCGAAAUAUUUUAAUGACUUCGCACUACGGCCCUUCCAUGGCGAGUGCAGGUGCAUGGAUUCCGAAACAGGUCAGGUGAAGGCGAGGAUUGAGAUCCGUUCGAAAGCCGAGUAUGUCUGUGACAUUACCAGCAUGAUAUUUCGCAAUCGCGUACGCCCUAUCCACGAUCACUGGUGUUCGGUGGUUCUUCAUCCAGGCAGCACCUUGACCAUAAGGUUGCCGAAACAGACCGUCAACUCGGCUUCUAUAAACGAGCCUUCCGAUGAUUUAUACAUGGGUGCAGACGAGGAUGUUUCCAGUGUCUCAUUCUCGCAAAUGAUGUCGCUCUAUGAUUUCGAAACAGAAUUCCGGCCCGUGGACCUGAAUAAGUUGUGGCAAUUAAAAAACAUCUACCAUGAUGAUUUUUACAGUGAUAUCGCGCAUCACGAAGCCCUUGCUGGCGAUGCCCUUGAGCUGGAUGUUUCACAAAUGUCGUUAGGAGAGGUGAAGCUGAAGUACCAUCAGGGCAAACCUCUCGCACUGCGAAACGGAUAUAACUCAUUCUUCUAUCAUUGGACAUUAAGAUCUAGAAAUAAGAAUGUCUUUGAAAGAAUAAGGGCCCUCGUGAAAGUAUCAUUUGCGUUCACGCAUCACUACAAGGCUGUUGGUUGCGAUACGGGGUCGCAAAUCCUGUUUGAUCCUCAAAUCACCGAGAGGUAUUGUUCAUCUAUACGGUGGGGAAAUGGAAUUGGAGAAACUUACGAAUGCACCUAUAACAAAACCUUGGCCGUUUUAUGGGCUGCCAUCCACUGUAGGCCCGAUGAAGAACUUCUGCCGAAAAACUGUGAGUCAACAGGAUUUGAUCUCUACUCUAACAGUAGUAUAGCAUCCCCUGAGUCUGUGCAGCAUGCGACGGCGAACCCUAUACCACGGUUUCAGCUCUUAGGCUUUAAUAACCACAAUACCCUCGCCAGUUAUGCUUGUGUAUGUGUCGACCAAAACGGGCGCGAAAAGUCCAGGCUCAUUUUGGAGUCGAAUCAUUACGAACAGCGUAGGUACGUAGUAAGUCAUGGAGAUACGUUCAAUAGUUCGGUUUCUCAUAUCUUGGCGCCCUGGCAUGAAAUAGGGUUGUCAAGUGACGCAAUGACGCCACCAGACUCGCUUAUGAUAUACCAUGUACCCCAUAAUCCCGUUAUACUACAUGUAGGGACUACGUUGUUCAUGCGUUGUGCUCUUGCACCUGGUGCGCAGCACGAUGCAGAUAAUAUGAUACGACCCAGAUGGUUCCCAAUAUCGUAUCAAAAUCACCACUACGCCGUGACACAAACACCAGAUGGGCCUGAGCUAGUAAGGGUGGCACACAGCGAUUCAAUUGCCACUACACCUGGUGGCCUGGAAGUCUUUACCAUAUAUUCCACGCCAAGAAAUUACGAGAUUGGAAUUAAAUCUCGUAGAGGUGCCAUAUUAAUAUCCAAGGAUUUAUCUCACAAGCGUUGCGUGCCCAUAACAUUUUUGUGCGGUAAAACGCCCGAGACAUCAGAUUUGUCCAUUGUCACUGAUGGUGCAUCAACUUCGGAAUCAUCUACGAAACCUAAUCUUCAGACCAUUGUAUCAUCCACAUUAUACACGUGGCACGUCGUGGAAGUUAACGUCGAGACCACGGACCCAUACAUGCAGGGCUGCGGCGUUACGUACUCGUCAGAUGAGAUGUUCAAACCUGAAACGCCCAAACUCUACGACGCUGACGGGCAACCUCAGUUCGGUUGCAAAAUCGAUCUCCAAGCUGCCAAUGAAGCAGCGUUCUACUGCCCUGCGCCAUACGUCCUAGAUCCUCCCAACUGCUUUAGGCAAGUAUUACUAGACAGCCUAGUAAAGAACACGGGUGACCUAAGCAAGUCGUUAGUGGCAUCGAGAUCCAACCACUUUGUCAUCCUGAACUUCGAUAGUUCACUCGUCGGAGUCGGAGAAACGCUGCGCCAGGCGCCGCCAUUGAAAUGCCGCUGCGUCACCGUAAAGGGCGUCGUUCUCUCAACGGUACAGAUUGAGAACUAUUACUCAAAGUAA